AUGUCUGCCAUUCGUCUGGCCGCGCGCCGCUUGCCUCGCGCAACCAAGCUGGUUCAACCUUUUGUUGAGUCACCGAUCCAGCGCCGAUUUGCGACCUCCAAUGCAUCUCAAGCAAAGAAGCAGGGAGGCUUGCCUAACCCCGACCCCUCGGCCGAUUCGGAUACAGCGGCCUUCAUUCAAGAGCGGGCUCCCUAUAUGGUUCCGACAUACGUUCGCCCCGCUCCCAUGAUGGUCAAGGGUGACGGUUGUUACCUCUGGGACAUGGAGAACCGCCGGUAUCUAGAUCUGACUGCUGGAAUCGCGGUCAACUCGCUUGGACACUGCGAUCCCGAGAUCGCUCAGAUUAUUGCGGAACAGGCCGAGACUCUUGUCCAUGCAUCGAACCUCUACCACAACCCUUGGACCGGCGCUCUGAGCCGAUUGUUGAUCGUCCUGACUCGUCAGUCAGGUGCCAUGCGUGAUGCCUCGCAGGUCUUCAUUUCGAACUCUGGAACCGAGGCCAACGAGGCCGCUAUCAAGUUCGCCCGCAAGGUCGGCCGCUCUAUCGACCCCUCCGGUGACAAGCACGAGUUCGUUUCCUUCCACAACUCCUUCCACGGACGCACAAUGGGUGCUCUAUCCGCCACCCCCAACCCCAAGUACCAGACUCCCUUCUCUCCUAUGCUCCCGGGCUUCAAGUACGGCAACUACAACGAUAUCGAACAACUGCAGACCCUCAUCACCGACAAGACCUGUGGUGUGAUCGUUGAGCCCAUCCAGGGUGAGGGUGGUGUCAACAUGGCCACCCCCGAGUUCUUGGUGGCUCUGCGCAAGCGCUGCGACGAGGUCGGAGCCAUCCUGAUCUUUGAUGAGAUCCAGUGCGGUCUGUCCCGUACCGGUAGCCUCUGGGCCCACGGUCACCCCUCGCUGGCACCCGCCUCGGGAGAAGCUGCUCACCCCGAUAUUCUGACCUCCGCCAAGGCACUUGGUAACGGUAUCCCAAUCGGUGCGACUAUUGUGUCCGAAAAGACUGUCGCGUCGCACAUUAAGACUGGUGACCACGGUACCACUUUCGGUGGUAACCCUUUGGCCUGCCGUGUUGCUUAUAACAUCCUCGAACGUCUUGCUGACCCCAAGCUCCAGGGGGCAGUCCAGGAGAAAUCGGAUAUGUUCGUUGCGGGCUUCAAGGCGCUGCAGGAGAAGUACCCCGAGGCUAUCUCGGAGAUUCGCGGCCGUGGUUUGAUCUUGGGUCUGCAGCUCUCCCCAGCUGUUGGCCCCAAGGCCGGUGAUAUCAUCACUGCUGCCCGUGAGCGUGGCAUGUUGAUCAUUACUGCCGGCGAUGGCUGCCUCCGCUUUGUCCCUGCUCUGACCAUCACCGCUGAUCAGAUUAAGACUGGCUUGAAUAUUCUGGAGCAGUCUUUGGCCUCUGUCAUCAAGUCCUAA